UUCUACAUGUUUUUAUAUAUGCGCAAUUUAUUAAUAGAGCUCAAGUUCCUUUUUAAGACAGAAAAAGCACACAGACGACAGUAUCGGUGUAGUUUUCUUUUAGUUUUGAGGUUUUGAAGAUGGUAAACACACAAGACAUCAACCGUAAACAACAUGGGGCUGGUGAUGAUGAUGAAAAUACAUCGGAGAAAACGACGGAAACGAAAGCUACACGAAUGUCGAUGAUGAGCUUUUUCACAACUGAAUUAACCAGAGGAUAUCUUCUAGAGCGAGACAAGGCAAAAUUUUCUGAGAGGAGAGAACGAGUUUACACAUUUAUGAAAACUCCUAGAGAAUUGGAAAAGUUCUUGGUAUAUGGGUUUCUCCAGUGUUUAGAUGCAUUCCUAUUUUAUUUCACAUUCCUCCCAGUGAGAAUUGUUCUGGCAUUCCUGAAGAUUUUAACACAUCCUUGUGGUGUUCUUAUACCAAGAUGUGAAAUCUUGGAACCUGCCCAGAUUUGUGAUAUUCUAAAGGGAGUUAUUCUAGUGUUUUGUUUUCUUAUUGUAAAUUAUAUUGAUACCUCCAUGAUGUAUCAUCUUGUCAGAGGACAGGCAGUCAUCAAACUUUAUGUUUUCUACAACAUGUUAGACAUGGCUGACAAGCUGUUUUCAAGUUUUGGACAAGACAUUUUGGACUCUUUGUUUUGGACAGCUACUGAGCCUAAAGACAGAAAGAGAGAACACAUAGGAGUGCUUCCUCAUCUAGUCAUAGCCAUCAUUUAUGUUGUCAUCCACACUCUGUUGAUCUUAUUCCAAGCCACAGUCCUGUUAGUGGCCUUCAAUUCCCACAACAAAGCCUUGUUGACGGUUAUGAUGUCCAAUAAUUUUGUGGAAAUAAAAGGAAGCCUCUUUAAAAAGAUAGACAAAGGAUUCCUGUUUCACAUUUCCUGCAGUGAUGUAAAGGAGAGAUUUCUAUACAUUGUACUUCUGGCAAUAGUCUUCAUAAGAAACAUGACAGAGUUUUCCUGGGACCCUCAACAUGUGUGGGUUAUCCUUCCUGAUGCUGUGAUGGUGUUUGGGGCAGAGAUCUUGGUGGAUUGGGUUAAACAUGCUUUUAUUCUCAAGUUUAAUGAGAUACCAGCAGAUGUGUACCAUUCCUUCUCUACCAGACUUGCUGAAGAUAUGGUGGCCAAUAGGCAAAGCAGAGCCUUCAUUGACUACUCGGACUUGGUAUCCAGGAGGAUGGGCUUUACACCGAUACCACUGGCCGUCCUAGUGCUACGGAUCUGUACGAAAUCCUUCAAAGUGUCGGGCUACACAGGGCUAGGGAUCGUUAUUCUGCUCUACCUCUGUUUGAUGACCUUCAAGGUGUUUAACAGUAUUGUCCUGCUUGGAAAGGCCUACACACUCAUUGAGGAAAAGGAAAAGAUGGAGUUCGAUGAACAACAGAACAAAAAGUUUGACAAACAAGAGUUUGUCAUUGAUCCAAAUUCCCUAGAGAAAUUUAACCAAGUGUAUCAAAAAACUUCCAUGAAAGCCAGAUUUCCCUCAUGUGCUGAGUCAAACUUAUCCCAAUCGAUUCCCAACAUUCAUGAGAAGUGUCAAGAAACAGAACUUAGAAAGUUUGACUCUGUGAUGGAAUUGCCAGUAACCAGUCAUAGGAAAGUAGAUUUACAUUCAGACGUUUUAGAAGAAAAACAGGAAAAUGGGUGCAAUAAUACAAAUUCAAAAGAAGCUGAUCUCAAUGUUUCACAUACACAGGAAUGGCAAGGUGUAGAGGCAGAUGAUAGCAAGCUGUUGGGGGGUCACAGUGAGGAGAAGACAGUUAGGAGGAGGACAUUUGGAGGGGAGGGCAGUGAGAUUGAGGACCCCCGCUCCUCUAGUCCCAACAGAAAGAGGCUGCUCAGUACUGAGAGUACAGUCUGACCCCAAUACACUUAUAUACUAUAUAAACAUGUACUAACUACAUGUAAGGGAGGAGUUCCCUUAAGAUUUAUUUGUGAAGUUCUUGCUAUUUGUUGUAAAAAUGGGUUGUAAGCAUGUAAAAGUUAUUUAUUCUCAAAGAAAGUGAGCGCACAAGAUUAUAAGUUU